AUCGAGCGAUUAGAAGUCAGCAGCCUAGCACAGACCUCCAGUGCAGUGGCCUCGAGCACUGAUGGCAGCAUCAAUGCGGACUCUGUUGAUGGGACCCCAGAUCCUCAACGUACAAAAGUGGCUAUCACACACCUGCAGCAGAAGAUACUGAAGUUGACUGAGCAGAUCAAAAUCGAACAAACAGCCCGUGAUGACAAUGUGGCAGAGUACCUGAAACUGGCCAACAACGCAGACAAGCAACAGAGCGCCCGCAUUAAGCAAGUGUUUGAGAAGAAAAAUCAAAAGUCAGCCCAGACCAUCUUGCAGCUGCAGAAGAAAUUAGAACAUUACCACCGAAAGCUGCGAGAGAUUGAACAGAAUGGGAUCCCUCGGCAGCCGAAGGAUGUCUUCAGGGAUAUGCAUCAAGGUUUGAAAGAUGUUGGAGCAAAAGUCACUGGCUUCAGUGAGGGAGUAGUAGACAGUGUAAAAGGUGGGCUUUCCAGUUUCUCCCAAGCCACACAUUCAGCAGCAGGAGCUGUGGUUUCCAAACCCCGGGAGAUUGCUUCCCUCAUAAGGAACAAGUUUGGGAGUGCAGACAACAUUGCUAAUCUGAAAGACUCCUUAGAAGAAGGCCAGGAAGAUGGGACAGGAGCCAAGGCUCUAGGUGUUACUCAGAACUUUCAGUCAAGCCCAAAAUAUGGCAGUGAAGAGGAUUGCUCCAGUGCCACAUCAGGCUCAGUGGGAGCCAACAGCACAACAGGGGGCCCUGUGGGAGCUUCCAGCUCCAAAACAAACACUCUGGAUAUGCAGAGCUCAGGGUUUGAUGCAAUACUGCAUGAAAUUCAAGAAAUUCGAGAGACACAGGCAAGACUGGAAGAAUCAUUUGAGGACCUUAAGGUUCGCUAUCAGAGGGAUUACUCAUUAAUAAUGCAGACUUUGCAGGAGGAGCGGUACAGAUGUGAAAGACUUGAGGAGCAGCUAAAUGACCUGACCGAGCUCCACCAGAAUGAGAUCCUCAAUUUGAAACAGGAGCUGGCCAGCAUGGAGGAGAAGAUUGCCUAUCAGUCCUACGAGCGAGCCCGGGACAUCCAGGAAGCACUGGAAGCGUGCCAGACCCGCAUCUCCAAGAUGGAGCUGCAGCAGCAGCAGCAGCAGGUGGUGCAGCUGGAGGGGCUGGAGAACGCCACGGCCAGGAACCUGCUGGGGAAGUUCAUCAACAUCCUGCUGGCUGUCAUGGCCGUCCUCCUCGUCUUCGUCUCCACUGUGGCCAACUGCGUCGUGCCCCUCAUGAAGACUCGCAAUAGGACGUUCAGCACUUUAUUUAUAGUGGUUUUCAUUGCCUUUCUGUGGAAGCACUGGGACGCCAUCACCGGCUACUUGGAACGGUUCUUGUCCCCCCGCAGAUGAUGGCGCAGGAACUGGCUGCGUCGCCCGCCGCCUGGCGCUCGCAGCGAGCACGCGUGGCAAAGGUUAGUCAGGAACUACUCUGCUGAAGUUUUAAAGUGUCCGAGUGAAUUUGUUUACAUUUAG